UGGUCCCAGGCCAUGUGGUUACCCUUGGAAGAUGCCCUGCUCUUUAAAAGGAAUUUUUGGUCUGCUAAAGGCACAGUGGAUACACUAGAAUGGACACAGAGGAGUUCCCUCCCCCACCUCCAGAAGUUCUAGAGAAUGAACCCAAACUCACUGGUACAAAUGAUGAAGAGGAAGAAGAAGGAGAACAGUUUGACUUCGAUAGUGGAGAUGAGAUACCAGAAGCAGACCGACAAGCUCUUACGCCACCUUCUGAUUCUGGAAAUAACGUAGAGCAUGAAGAGGCUAACGUCACGGGGACUGGUAAUUUAGAAAAAAGUGAGAAAACGCAGACAUCACAGUCUACUACAGAGUGCACUCCAACAAAAGUAAACCCCUAUUCAGUUAUUAAUAUUUCACCAAUCCAAGAAAAGGAUCUCUCCUCAUCACCAGAACCAAGCCCUCCAGAUGAAAGUACAAGUCCUAACUUGUGCAGUGGAUAUUCUGUUCCUGUGCCCUGUGGCUAUGCUGUACCAUCCAAUUUACCAUUGAUACUGCCAGCAUACUCCAGUCCUAUUAUAAUACGCAGUGUUUCUGUGGAUGAAGAAGCAGGUAUGCAGUCAGCAACUGAAGAAUGCCGUUGUAGUUCUGUAAACUCAGAGGAUCCCCAAAAUAGUGAAGAUAACCAGGUCAGGAAAGAGGAUGAUGCUUUGGCCAAAUGGGUUGCAGAUCCAGCAAAUACAGCAUGGAUGGAAAACCCAGAUGAAGUAAUUUAUGAUGAUGUGCCAAGAGAAAAUUCAGACUCUGAACCAGAGGAAAUGAUUUAUGAUGAUGUUGAAAAUGGGGAUGAUGGUGGAAACAGCUCCCUGGAAUAUGGGUGGAGUUCAAGUGAGUUUGAAAGUUAUGAAGAACAAAGUGAUUCUGAGUGUAAAAAUGGAAUUCCCAGCUCCUUUUUGCGAGGCAACCACAAGAGACAUCUUUCUCAUGACCUAACGCGUUUAAAGGAGCAUUAUGAAAAAAAGAUGAAAGAUUUGAUGGCAAGCACAGUGGGAGCAGUAGAGAUUCAGCAACUAAAGCAAAAACAUGAGCUGAAGAUGCAAAAGCUCAUGAGAGCUGCUAGAGAAGGUACCAAAGAUGGACUUGAAAAAACAAAAGCAGCUGUGAAAAAAGGUCGUUCUUUCAUUAGAACUAAAUCUUUUAUUUCUCAAGACCAUAGAUCACCAUGUCUGGAAGAGGAAGAGCUGAAUUUAUUUAUUGACGUGGACUGUAUGCAUGCAGAAGCAAUUAUGACCCCUAUGCCUGAAGGACUAUCACAGCAGCAGGUUGUGAGAAGAUAUAUUUUGGGCUCUGUGGUUGACAGUGAGAAGAAUUAUGUGGACGCCCUCAAAAGAAUCCUGGAGCAAUAUGAGAAGCCUCUUUCAGAAGUAGAACCAAAAUUACUGAGUGAAAGAAAACUCAAAAUGGUCUUCUAUCGAAUUAAGGAAAUUCUUCAGUGCCAUUCGAUGUUUCAAAUAGCCCUGGCCAGUCGUGUAUCUGAGUGGGAUUCUGUUGAAAUGAUUGGCGACGUCUUUGUUGCUUCAUUUUCUAAAUCUAUGGUAUUGGAUGCAUACAGUGAAUAUGUAAACAACUUCAGUACGGCAGUGGGGAUUCUCAAGAAAACAUGUGCCACCAAGCCUGCCUUUCUAGAUUUUUUAAAACAGUGCCAGGAGUCAAGUCCUGAUCGAAUUACACUGUAUGGUUUAAUGAUGAAACCUAUCCAGCGCUUUCCACAGUUCAUUCUACUAUUGCAGGAUAUGUUGAAGAAUACUAAUAAAGGACAUCCUGAUAGGUUACCUCUACAGAUGGCUCUUACAGAACUUGAAACACUGGCAGAGAAAUUAAAUGAAAGGAAAAGGGAUGCGGAUCAGCGCUGUGAAAUAAAGCAAAUAGCAAAAGCAAUGAAUGAACGUUAUCUGAACAAGCUACUUAGCAGUGGAAACAGAUACCUCAUACGGACUGAUGAUAUGAUUGAAACAGUUUACAAUGACAAAGGAGAAAUUGUCAAAACCAAAGAACGACGACUUUUCAUGUUAAAUGAUGUAUUGAUGUGUGCAACAGUAAAUAUGCGCUCUUCCUACGAAAGCAGUGGCAUCGUGACAACUGGCCAGAGGUAUUUAUUAAAAUGGAGCGUACCACUGGGACAAGUGGAAGUCAUAGAGUAUGGCAGCAGCGAGGGCCAAGGGGAGAACUGCAGGUUUCCACCUCAGCACUCUGCUGAGAGCGUCAUCGUUAACUCUAAGCCAAACAAGCUGUAUAUGGGACCAGGGCAACUGUACCAUGAUCUGCAGAACCUCUUACAUGAUUUGAAUGUAGUUGGUCAAAUUAGUCAAUUAAUAGGUGGCCUUAGAGGAAACUACCAGAACUUAAACCAAUCAGUAGCCCAUGACUGGACAUCAGGCUUACAAAAACUGAUCUUGAAAAAAGAAGAUGAAAUCAGAGCUGCAGAUCGCUGUAGAAUCCAGCUACAACUUCCAGGAAAGCAGGACAAGUCUGGGAGGCCUACUUUCUUUACAGCUGUAUUCAAUACAUUUACCCCUGCAAUCAAACAGUCUUGGAUCAACAAUUUACAAAUGGCUAAGCUGGCCCUUGCAGAGGAUAACCUGUUAGGCUGGUUCUGUGUAGAAGAAGAUGGGAAUCAGAUCAAAAAGGAGAAACAUCCUCUCCUUGUUAGACACAUGCCAGUGAUGAUGGCCAAACAGCAGGAGUUUAAGAUUGAAUGUGCUGCCUAUAAUCCUGAACCUUACCUGUCUGGCGAUACGGAGUCAGAUUCUUGUUCCAUGGAACAUGGUUUUCUUUGGAUUGGCAGUUGUACUAAUCAGAUGGGCCAGAUUGCAAUAGUGUCAUUUCAAAACUCCAGCCCCAAGGUUAUUGAAUGCUUCAAUGUGGAAUCACGGAUUCUCUGCAUGGUCUACAUACCAGAGGAGGAGAAACCGAAACAGCUAAACAUGGCUCUUAACUCUGAAAACGUUCUUACAAAAGCUUCUAAUGUGCCUACUAUUUGCCUCGGCAUGGAAGAAGGAAGCAUAUCUAUUUACAAAAGUUGCCAAGGCUCAAAGAAAAUUCGACUUCAACACUUUUUUGCUCCUGAAAAAUCAACUGUUAUGAGCUUAGCAUAUAUGUCUCAAUACUUGUUUGCUGGCUUGGUAAAUGGGAACAUCGCAGUCUACACAAAAGCAGAAGAUGGAGCGUGGAGUACAGACCCUCAGAAGAUAGUGAAGUUGGGGGUUUUGCCUGUUAGAAGUCUACUGGUGAUGGAAGACACCAUUUGGGCUGCAUGUGGUGGACAAAUUUUUAUAAUCAGUACUGUGACACAUGUUAUAGAGACCCAUUUUGAAGCUCAUCAGGAAGAAGGGAUGGUAAUCUCUCACAUGGCUGUUGCUGGCGUAGGCAUCUGGAUCGCCUUCACGUCUGGAUCUACACUUCGCCUGUUCCACACUGAGACCCUGAAACACCUCCAGGACAUUAACAUUGCCACGCCUGUUCACAAUAUGUUGCCAGGGCAGCAGCGUGUUUCUGUGACCAGCCUCCUGGUAUGCCAUGGUUUGUUACUGGUUGGAACAAAUCUGGGUAUAAUAGUAGCAUUGCCAGUGCCUCGCUUGCAGGGGAUUCCCAAAGUAACUGGAAGAGGAAUGGUGUCAUAUCAUGCGCACAAUGGUCCAGUCAAGUUUCUUGUAAUGGCUGCAUCUAUAAACAAGAAAAACAAAAACAAAUCCAGGAACAGUCUGCCUCCCAGCUCAGAAUCCAAAGAAGAUGAGCAAAAGAACGUUCUGCACAAUGAGAGACCAGGUUCUUCCCUUAGUAAUACCCACGAUACUGCGAUUUGGCUGGGAGGUGCAGCAGGAUCCAUUACACAAAAAAGUGACUUGUCUUCAUCUUCUGGAUCCCUGACAUUGUCUCACGGAUCGAGUUCCCUAGAACAUAGACCGGAGGACAGUAACAUUUACGAGCUUUUGAAGGAUCAGAAUAUUUCAUCUAAAAGUAAAAGGCAGAGAUCCAAAAAAAUGAAAGCAAGUUCAGUAUUAGUUAUUUCUGGUGGUCAAGGACACAGAAGAGUGAACAAGAAGAGCAAGCAGCAGCGACAAGAUGAACUAGUGUCUUCAGUGAUGGUUUGGCAAAUCCCACUAUUAAAUAUCUAAGUAAAUUAAGUCCAAGAUAUCUUCUCUUAUUACCAAAAAAAAAAAAAAAAAAAAAAAGCCUGAUGUAAUCUUUUUACAGCAAAUGCCGGCUUAGGACACAACCUGAUAGACUUUACACAUGGGAGCAAUGUCACUAGAAUUUAAUCACAUGAUUAAAGACUGCAAGACAGAGUUUUCACGUAUUUAGAACAUUCUGCAGUAUUAGGUUAUUGGAAAACAUUCAGCUGUUGAUGCUGUCUUUGAUACUUAAAACACAAAGAAUUUGUUAGACCCUUUUUAAUGGUUUUAGAAUCUCUACCUUAUUUAUAUUCACAUUUAUAAAUAUUAUCAUUAUAUUCUAUAGCACUUAGGGAAGGGAAGGAACACAUGCCAUGUCACUUGCUGGUUUUUGCUUAUGUAAAUCAGCUGUUUAUUUCUUUUUCCAAAGGGAUAUAUUGCAUGGACUGUAGAUUUUAACAAAUUAGCAAAUAUUUUUAAACAAUAAAUAUUCUAAUACAAGCUAAUAUUAAUUUGGUAGUCUCUAUAAUAGUUUGUAACAAUUCUACAAGCCUGAGUUUGGUCUGAACAGAAAACAUUCAAAAGUCAGUUUUCUUAAUUGAUGGAUAGUUGUUUAUUUUGACAUAGAAAAUGUAUGUUUUAUUUCUAAUGCUCAGUAUUAUUGAAGAACUUUGCAGGAUAAAGAAGUGCAUUAAUUUUCUUGGUAGGUGCAAUGUGUCUGUGACUCACCUUCAUUGUACAGAGAAAGUUCUAGGACAUUGUGGCUUAGGAUAAAUAGAAAA